AUGACGCUCGACGCGAACGUCGACGUCGACGUCGACGUCGACGCCGCGAGGCGCGCGCGAUUACGCGCGCGAUUAGGUCUCGAGAGCGAUGCGCCGGCGAGCGACGCGGGCGAGGGGGACGCGGGCGUGGACGCGCUCGAGGCGGGCGAAGAGGAAGAGGACGCGACGACGCAGCGCGCGCUCGUGGAGCGGCGGCUGCGAAAGAUGAAGGAGCUGCGAAAGAUGUAUCGGGAUCAGUACUGGCGAUUGUUGGAUGCGUUACGAACGAAGCAUCGGAGGUUUGAGGUGCGACGGGGUCACGCGGGAUCGAGGGACGCGGAGGAGAAGGCGAACGCGAGACGCGAAGCCGCGGGCGAGGCCGCGGCGUGCGGCGAUGACGGAUGCGACGAACGACCGAUGGCGUGCGCGAAGUUUUGCUUCAGGCACAUCUUGAAGGAUGAGACGCAGAUUCUGUACGUCGCUGGGAGUGACGGCGCGCCGCGAAUGCGCGAGUCGUAG